AGGGGUCAGGGGUGACAACUGAAAGCUUUGUGCUUUAGUAAUCGUACAAAAUAUGGACUUGAAGCUGGUGUUAUUUUGUAAUGUCUGCCUCAGUACGAAAUAAAUUGCUAAUUUUAUAACUUAACAUGGACUUAAAAUAAUAAAAUCAGUGUGUUAUUAUGUGACACGGGAACUAAUAAGUUGAAUUUAUUAAAUUAUGACCAGUGGUAUAAGAAGUGCGAGGACAAAGUUAUGGUAAUUCUUUCCCAUGUUACCGGGUUUCACCUAUGUACCUGGCGUUAGAAGAUUGGUGUCGGAGAUGGUGAAGUGAGGGCGAGAUGGUGCCUUGUGUGGUAGCUGUGCUGCUGCUCGCCCGGGCCCUGCACGCGCUUGACAUAUCGCAAUGCAUCGCGCCGCUCGGCAUGGAGAGUGGUAUGAUACCGGACCGAGAUCUUACCGCGAGCUCGUCCUUCGACGACGGCAACGUGGGACCUCAGAACGGACGGUUAAAUAAAGAGAUCAAGAGCGGCGCUUGGUGUCCGAAACCUCAGAUCACGACGGAGUCCACCGAGUGGUUGGAGAUCAACCUGCACUCCGUCUACGUGAUCACCGGUGUUGGCACCCAGGGGAGGUUCGGGAACAGCCAGGGGGUAGAGUACGCGGAGGCCUAUAUGCUGGAGUACUGGAGGCCGAAGCUCGCCAAGUGGGUCCGGUAUCAGGGAGCUGAUGGGCAGGAGAUUCUGAGUGGAAAUACGAACACGUAUUUGGAGAAGAAGAAUCAUUUGGAACCACCGAUCUGGGCGUCCAAGAUUCGGGUUAUACCGUACAGCUCUCAUCGACGGACAGUCUGCAUGAGGGUCGAGCUCUAUGGAUGCUAUUGGAACGUCGGCAUCGUCGCCUACUCGAUGCCGAAAGGUAACAAGCGGAGCAACGGGGUGGAACUGACCGACAUGACCUACGACGGUCAAUGGGGGCUUGAACUCCGAGGGGGGUUGGGCCAGCUCGUUGACGGUCAGUUCGGCGGGGACGAGAUCAGGGAGGCCAACAAACCCUCCGCCUGGGUGGGUUGGCACAACUCGUCCGACACCAAACCCCCCGUCAUAGAGUUCGAGUUCGACAAAGUGAGGGAGUUCAGCACUGUCCAUAUUUACUGCAAUAACAAGUUCAUGAGGGAUGUGCAGGUCUUCUCCGAAGCGAUAAUUUCGUUUUCCAUCGGUGGUACGCGGUUCCAAGACGAUCCCAUACACUAUACACCUGAAGAGGACCACAUAUUCGAAAGUUCCAGAAACGUCAGCAUAAAACUGCACCACCGAAUAGGAAAGUGGGUCCGAAUUGAGCUGCACUUUGCUGCCAAGUGGAUUCUUAUUAGCGAAGUGGUCUUCGAUUCCGAUGUAGCUCAGGGCAAUUACACACCAGAAAUUCUAAAACCAGCUGUUAUUAAAGAUAAGAACAAGAUGGUCAUUAGCAAAGAGGCUCCCGUACCUACGGCGCAUCAGGAGGAUCCACUGUACAUGGCGAUAGUAGUGGGAGUCCUAACAGCUCUAGUGAUCCUCCUAGCUGUGGCAGUGUUCCUAAUAAUUCAUAGGCAUCGUCACAGAAAAUGUUUUGCGUCGCCACUAGCUAAAACAACAAUGACGCAAAAGCGAACAGUGUCAGAGAAUUAUAACCCUUGUGGUACAUCCAUGCUGCCCGAAAAUAAGAUGAUUUUGGACUGCGGGUUAGAUGUGAAAUCCGAUGAGUACCAGGAACCGUACCAGGCAAUGAAAUGUACCCCAUACUUUAGUUAUAGCACAGUUCUGCUGGAGAUGAAAGAUUUUGUUAAAGAUUCUAAUACUGCUUUGUCAGAUAGCUCAAACUACGACUACGCAGUGCCUGAGCUGAGUUCAGCGCCGCUGCUCACCAAGCGGAGAUUACCAGACAAUCUGUCAGAUCGAGCCACCGAGCUCAUGACAGAUCAUGUUGACAAGAUCAUGGAUAUGGACACCAGGAGAUCUGGGGCCAGUUCUAUAAGAUCUAAGCAUAGUAAUAGGUCACAGAGUCAACAAGACGUAUUGGUGGACCUCAAGCGUCGUUUAGAGACGACCAACGUGAUCGAGUUCCCGCGACACCGACUGCGCAUGAUCUCCAAGCUGGCUGAGGGCGCGUUCGGAACUGUGUAUAUAGCGGAAGCGGACGGCGUGCCGGAGUACAGCGGCACCAUCACGCCGGAGAAGCGACUGGUUGCUGUCAAGUUCCUGGCGCACGACGCCUCGCCCAACGAAAGGGAGGAGUUUGAGCGGGACGUACGUAUAUUGGCGGCCCUGUCGUCGCCCAACUUGGCGCGGGUGCUCGGCGCGUGUCGCUCGCAGCCUCUAGCUGUUGUACUCGAGUAUUUGGAACUGGGCGACGUGUGCACGUUCCUGCGCACGGCGGCGCCGCAGUCGACGCCGACGUUGUUCCACAUCGCGACGCAGAUAGCGGCCGGCAUGCACUACCUGGAGUCGCUCAACUUCGUACACAGGGAUUUGGCUGCGAGGAACUGUCUAAUCGGCAAGAACUACCAAGUGAAGAUCAGCGAUUUCGGCACCGACAACGAGGCUUACGCGUGCGACUAUUACAAGGUGGACGGCGUCCCGCUGCCGCUGCGGUGGGCGGCGUGGGAGUCGGUGCUGCAGGGCAGGUACACCACCAAGAGCGACGUGUGGGCCUUCGCGGUAACCGUACACGAGAUCUUCACGCACUGCCGACGGAGACCCUACGAGCAUAUGACUGAGGCUGAGGUGCUCGAGAAUCUACAGCAUCAUCAGGCUGACGACGGGCUGUUCGAGUGUAUGAACCGCGCGGCCGGCUGCCCCCGAGACCUGUACGAACUGAUGUGCGAGUGCUGGCGGCGGGAGGACUUGCACAGACCCACCUUCGCUGAAAUACUUCCUUUCCUGCAGAGAAAGACCCUCAAUUAUACGUGAUACGGGUUAUAUUAAAUACCGAUAGAGGCGCGUAACUUUAAGAUCGGUCUGUGAAACUACAGGAUGAUGGGAUUGACGCAUGGGUACAAGAUUAAGCGGGAUUAGACGAGCAAUUUUUUGCGCAAUAUCACUCAGCAUGUUUAUAUAAUUCUCAAAUAAACUGUUCAAUUAAAUUUAAGCGUGAUAUUGCCGAUACAAUUGAUCGUCUAGGGGCCGGCUGACAAUAAUGUGAAUCUGAGAAAUAGAUCUUCAUAAUUUGAUUGAGUUAUGUCAAACCAAGCCGCCAAAUCACAGUCCACACGGCGCGUUGCGUCAAAUAACCAAAGUGUUCACACGACGCGCUGCGUCGUCGCAACGCACACAUGACGG